AUGCCGGGAGAAUGUGCCCACUUUCCUCAUAUACGACAGUUAUUAACAAACAUGAAACUUUAUGUUUUUACAUUGAUCAUCGCAGCCGCUGUUGCUGCACCAACAAACGAAAUCGAUUGGAUUGGCUUUCCCGAAGGUUUUCCUCGUGUAGUUGGUGGCCAGACUGCCAAACCUCACCAGUUCCCCUGGCAGGUUUCCCUGCAAAGGUCCGGAAAGCAUUUGUGCGGCGGUUCCAUCUUGAACGACAGGUGGGUCUUGACUGCCGCGCACUGCAUAAGCGGAACUGAAAAUUACGAGGCUGUAGUCGGAAAACACGAUUUGUCGAAAAGCGAAUCAUCUGAGCAACGUUGCGCCUACAAGAGGACCAUCGUCCACUCGUCCUUCACUGGAAGGGUGGGUCCUUACGAUGUCGCUUUGAUUGAAUUAGAAACACCUUUCAAAUUGAACGAUAAUGUAAAGCCAAUCAGACUUCCAUUGAAAGAUGAAGCACAUUCUGGACAAGUGACGCUUUCUGGUUGGGGAUCUACUUCAACUACCAUCUUCCCCACUUACCCAAAUGAACUACAGUAUGUUGACAAACCGAUUGUUCCAUAUACUGAUUGCGAAAAUGCUAUGGGCGGACCAGGAGCAUCUCCUCUUGAUCCUUUGAACAUCUGCACUGGUCCCUUGACUGGUGGCAUCAGUGCUUGCUCUGGUGAUUCUGGUGGUCCACUUGUUCAAUACAAUGGCGACGAUGUUACUUUACUGGGUGUAGUUUCUUGGGGCUAUAUCCCAUGCGGAUCUCGCAACAGACCAUCCGUUUAUACAAGAGUUUCUGGUUACUUAGAUUGGAUAAGCGAAAAUACUAAAUGA